AAAUUAUUGUUCGGUAUGUCUCACGUGUACACAUGAUGAAAUCAAGAUCACAUGGGCUUUAUACGCACACCUCUCAUAUAAUCAUCAUUUUGUUAGAUCGGCAUGGCCAUUUGCAAUCAAAAAUAUGAGAUUUAAAAAAAAUUGGGUAUAUAAGCUCAAGUACAUCUAAUCUUGGUUGAUUUCAAUUGUGAACAUCCUCUAUAUUAUCUCCUUGUACACAGAGUAUUCACUACUCCACUUCUAAUUCAAUGGAUGAAUUAAGAGCUCGUUUUGAAUUAGCAGAUGUUAAUCAUUCUGGAAAAUUGUCAUCUCAUGAAUUGAAAAAAGUGUUAGAUAGUGAUUUUGGCAGUGAAAUACCAAAAGAACGUUUUGAUGAAUUUUUGAAGGAUAUAAAUUUGAAUGAUGAUCAAGAAUGGAGUAUUGAUGAACUUGUUCACAUUUUCUCUUCAUAAUGAUACUACUACUACUACUGGUGAUAGCAAUUAGUCUUUAGACAUAUAUACAUAUUUCAAUUUUCAUAACAUUUUAGUAGUUUUUUAUAUUCAAUUAAAAACAAUAAAUAAAUGUUUUAUAUAU